UAGUGAUUUGUGCGAGAAAAAAGAAACUACUACGAUAGUACGAUGAUUUAAUAUUUUCUAAUUUCAUGAAUUAGAUAUGUAUAUUAUAUCAGAACGAGUUUAAAUACAGCUAAGAGAAAUGGACGAAAACGAUUUCUUUAGGCAGACAGUCCAACACUUAGCGAGAUGUCUUUCCUCCUUGAAUCCAACACCUUGGGAGAAGGUGAACACAUUAUUUAUGUUAUGUCCUCAAGUCAGCUCACCAUUUGUGGUAACUCCAAGGAGUCAGGAAGCUAGCAUAGCACUUGGUCUUUACUUCCUUCAGAGUGGAUUGCAACAUCAAGAAAAACUUUUGCCUUAUUUUCUAAAAGUAUUAAAAUGUCUUACAAAUGCACAAUUCCAGGAACCUAUGUGUCGAAUUAAGUCUGGUGAUCGGAUCCCUAUGUCUGAGAAAUUUAGCUUUUGUUUAAAUACACUUCUCUCAGAUGUUGCAUCAAAAAACCCAUCUCUACGUGAAGAAAUUGUCACUGCUCAAAUAGAGCUUAUGUCAAAUCUCACUAAAAUUGUAAUCACCUGUUUCGAAAGUAAAGAUUACAAUAAUACAUCAAAACUUCAGUUAUGUAAGAGUACAGUGCCAAUUCUUAUAGGACUUGCAAGGUCUAUGGGUAGAUAUCCAACUGUUGAACCAUCUUUACUAUGCAGAUUAUUCCCACAACCCAGCAGUCCCGUUCGAUCUAAAGAACCAGAACCUAACUUUGAAUAUGCUACAUUAGAUAAGAAGAGACGAUUUAACCAAUUCCGACCAAUUAUUCCUCGAUCUUUAUCUGGAAAUUUAAAUCCAAAUACAGAGACAAUAAUAGAGAAUGGUUCAGAUACAGUUGACAGUGGUCGUGGAACUCUAAAGAGAAGUUCAUUACAAAGCUAUCACUCAGUACCUUAUGACCCAACUACAUAUUUCUUUCAUAAGUUUGGAUCUAGUUUUAACCAGUUUCCAUACAUGAGAUUUCCUGAAUCUCCAGAAAAGAGGAUUGGUGUCCCAUUUUAUGUAACAUAUCUACAGUCAAUUUUAUCAUUGGCAAAGAAGUUGUUGACAAGAGAUUUAUUAUCAUUUUUGGAUGAGGAAGCAGAAGAUAUUCAUGCAUCAGGACAAAUUCAAGUAUUUCCAUAUAAGUCAUUUUCUGAAACAUUGAAUCUAGUCAUGGUAACAUUGCUACGUGAUAUUCUACAAAACCAAAAAGACCUACCAGGACCAUUUACUAAGGAUGUACAGGAAUUUGUUAAGUGUUUGUUCCUAAGUGGUCAAACGGAGUUACAGAGUAGGCACCAUGAUGCUUCUGAGAAGGAGGAUAGAGAAACAAACUUUGCUACUGUGAAUAAGUUUAAAGUCAAUGUUAUGGCUAAUUCAGCCUGCGUUGAUCUGUUAGUAUGGGCUAUUGGAGAUGAGACAGUGGAUGACGACUAUGACGUGCCAGCCCUUAUAAAUGCUCUUACAAUAUUAAUAGGAGCGGAUUCACUUUGUGGUCGAUUGACGGAGAAAAUUAAUUCCAAUCAUAAUCAUAAACUAAUUUUAGCGCAUAUGCCAUUGCUCAUGGUUUGCUUAGAGGGUCUUGGUAAAUUGGCAACUAAAUUUCCAACUAUAGCUAAUACUUCAAUUUACUGUCUCCGAGAUUUUCUCGUCACUCCAUCUCCCAUACUGUUUAAACUCCACAAACUGGAACUAGAGAGAUCUGGGAAAGAUCAUAUAAAAGUUUCAGUUCAAACCAAAGAACCUGGAGUAAAGGAUACGGGUGCACCCACAAAGUCAACUCCCUUUGAGAAGCUUCGAGAUGCAGCUAUAGAGAAUUUGUGUGUUGCUCUGGAUGCUGCAUUAUCUGUGGAUCCAUUUUGUGUUCCCGCGCUUGUUGGUUCCGUCAGUAAUAGACUGUUCACCGCUGAAACUAGUGAUAGUGAAUCCUCGUUAAUCAGCACAAAUAUUGUGAUAAUGCUGGGCCAUGUAGCAGUUGCGUUAAAAGAUACACCAAAAACUACAGAAACAAUAUUACAAUUCUUCCAACAACGGUUAUGCCGAUCACCGUCUUCCUUGGACACGUUAAUAGUGGACCAGCUCGGGUGUAUGGCCCUAGCGAGUCCCGAAGGUCCAGCACACGAUGAAAUCAUGCGAAUGUUCACUGUUAUCACGGUGGAGGCAGCCAGCGCUUCUUACCAACAUACUGAUGACAGGAAACAGUAUCGACAUGUGUCCGGUGCGGUUUUGAACGCUCUUGCGAAUAUAGCAGCAAAUGUAAGAGGGACAAACGCUCGACAUGAACUAUUGAUACGUCUAUUGGAAUUGUUCGUUCAACUUGGCCUCGGAGGGGAAAGGGCUACGGAUCGUUCACCAGCGCCGGUUUUAAAAGCGUCAGGAAGUGCUGGCAAUUUGGGUGUGCUUAUUCCAGUUAUAGCGGUUCUAGUCAAACGAUUGCCGCCAAUAAGAAACCCAAAACCUCGAUUGCAUAAACUUUUCAAAGACUUUUGGCUAUACUGCGUAGUAAUGGGAUUUACAGCAGCUGAAUCAGCUAUGCGAAAGCGUCUAUGGCCGCAAGAAUGGUAUGCGGGAGUAAAAGAGAUAGCGGCCAAAUCACCUUAUCUUGUCUCUCAAACGUCUUUACGUUCCGAAAUGCGAACGUAUCAGUACACGUCAGCUGUCAGAAAUGACUCGGUGUCAAUGAAUGAAUUGCAAGAAUUGAAAACGCAGAUUUUGAAUCUGUUAGAUCAUCAACCGGAUGUUACAGUGAUUGUUAAUAAGUUGACGUUUGCGCCGUGUAUGUAUCUACUCAGCGUAUAUUGGCUGGAAUCCUUAAGGGUAUCCAAUUCACCAGAACCAAGUUUACAACCAAUUAUUGAAUAUUUGAGUGAUACAGCACUACAGAAAGAAAAGAGCGGUAUGUGGCAAUGUGUUGCCAGCGUUGGUGAUAAAGUAUUUCAGAAAUUCUUGGAUGUAAUGUCGGCAAAGGUUAAAGAUGAAUCUCGCGAAAGGGAAUUGGAGUUGCACGCGCAAUUUUUGCUAGUCAAUUUCAAUCACAUACACAAACAAAUAAGGAGAGUCGCUGAUAAGUGGUUGGCUGGGCUUGUUGAUAGAUUUCCACAUCUAUUAUGGAAUUGUCGGGUACUUUGGUCGAUGUUAGAUAUAUUACAAGUACUGAGCUUCAGUUUGGACCUGGAUGAGAAUCAAGAGACGCCGCUACUGAAAGUUCCUGAUACUGACUUCACUUUGCAACUCCAAGAUACGCUGGAAGGGAGAGAGAGUAUCGUAAAAGACUUCGCAGACAGAUGUCACGGGAUCGUACAAGAGGCCAUGAAAUGGGCGCCGCAGUCAACGAGGUCACAUUUGCAGGAAUAUUUGAAUCAGGUUCCCAAUUCGACCCUCUGGCAUCACUGUGGACUAGCCCUUGCAAUAAAUGCCUUACUAGGCGCAGCCGGUCUCAAUAGAAUGUCAGCCCCCCUACCACGAGCGGCGUUAGACAAACGACCGCCUUGUGUCACGCAGGAUUCGGCAGCAUUACUCGCUGUUGUAUCGCAACGGAGCCGCUAUGUUGGAGAGGUCGCGGGUUCAGUGUCAGCGGAAGGCGGUGGAGAAGCGGCCUUAUGGCGCGUUGGGAGUCGAUUACUCACAACAUUGAAAGAGGCGUGUUCUAGUGGUAGUGAAACAGCCCACAGGAUUGCUCUGUGGCGCUGCACGGCACUUCUAGUACAUGCAACGACGUUCUCUACGGGCGCUGGUUCCGCGUCGUCAACAGCCCGGGCUUUAUUGCAUAGUGUUGCCUGGUCACAAGUGGACAUCUUCACGGAAGAUGCCGUGACGUCAGCAGUGGAGUGUUGGCAAUGGCUGACAACGUCCAGACCGGAUUUGGAGUUGAGGCUUGUGCAGGAAAUAUUCGCGGCUUGGCAAAGCACCGUUGAUAGAAAAAUGGGUCUCUUUGCCAAGCAAGUCACGGAGAUCAGUCCACUUGCAGCCUAUGAAGGUGCCAAAUUAGAACCGCGUCCACCAUUCGUAGCUCCGCACGCAGUGUGGGUGCGGUACUUGUGUGAAGUGGCAGAAACGGCUAAAUACAACAGUCUGGAGAAAGUGGAGAUGCUGGCCAGUCUUUUGCAUAGAACUCUGCCAAUUACAGUGGGUGAUGUACGAGAUCACAUAAAUAGACAUGUCGAUGCAGUUGGAGUACGAUUCAAACUUCUAUCGUGCGGUCUGUCCCUACUGCAAGGCGAUAUUCUGCCUCGAUCUCUUGCCCGGAAUAUCCUAAGGGAAAGAGUUUAUAGCGCUUGCCUCGACUACUUUUGUCGAGGCCUCCAAUGCCCUUCAAAAGGUUCCAGGGAGUUGAGAGAAGACAUCAUUUCUCUUAUUAAAUUCUGGCAACUGAUGCAUUCCGACAAAAAAUACUUGAAGAGCAGUGAUAUUGGAGCUGACUUUGAACUUAUGCAUGGACCGAGCAGCCAGAGCCUCUAUACAUCAACUUCACCCACAGACAACAGAUCUUCAGUGAACAGUAAUGAUAUUGGAAAUCGACAGACAACAGGCUGGAUAAACACUGUUCCGAUGUCGACAACGACGUUGAGUAGUGGUGCGGGCAGCAUCGCCGGAAAACGGUCAAAUAGAAGUGUUAAGCCGCCAGCUAAGUCACAGGAUCCCUUCGUGAAAGAUUAUGUUCGAAAACGAAACCUUAUCCUGGAGUUGAUGGCAGUAGAAAUCGAGUUCCUAGUGACAUGGCAUAAUCCUCACAGUCGACCCGAGCAAGCGAUUCCGGGUGAGGAUAAUAUAACAACGUGGAGGUCUAAGCCCAAUACAGAACGGACGUGGCGGGAUUACACAAAAUUGGCUUGGGAAAUUAGUCCAACUUUGGCUGUGUUCUUACCUGAAAGGUUGAAAAACGACAGUAUAGUCUCAGAGAUAAAGCGUAAAGUCCAAUCACAUCCAACGUCGGUGUGCCACGUGCCUCAAGCUCUGAAAUAUCUCGUCACUACUGAAACUCUACUCAAUGAUGCACAUGAGCUCGUACAUAUGGUGACCUGGGCGAGAGUAAGUCCUGUUGAAGCUCUAUCAUACUUCAGCCGGCAAUAUCCACCACAUCCGUUAUCUGCUCAGGCGGCCGUGUCCACACUUACCUCCUACCCGUCUUCGGCAGUAUUGCUGUACAUACCUCAGUUAGUACAAGCAUUACGUCAUGAUACUAUGGGUUAUGUGUCGGAACUAAUAAAAUCAUUGGCAAAGAAAUCUCAAGUUGUCGCUCAUCAACUUAUAUGGAACAUGCACACGAAUAUGUACACUGAUGAAGAAAUGCAUAAUAAAGACACUGCAUUAUACGACAUAUUAGAAGCAUUAACCAAGAAUAUAGUGGAUUGUCUUUCUGGACCGGCUAAAGCAUUCCAUGAAAGGGAGUUUGAUUUCUUUAGUCAAAUAACAAAUAUUAGUGGAAUCAUACGACCUUAUCCUAAAGGAGCUGAGAGAAAAGCAGCCUGUUUGGAGGCCCUUAAAAAUGUUAAGGUGCAACCCGGAUGUUAUCUGCCAUCAAACCCCGACUCUAUGGUCAUUGACAUAGACUAUAAAAGCGGCACCCCUAUGCAAAGUGCGGCUAAAGCGCCGUACUUAGCGCGGUUCAGAGUGAGAAAGUAUGGAAUAUCUGAGAUGGAAACUGUUGCUAUGGCCAUUGCCUCUGGGGAGGACCCACCCACUGAGGAAGGUAAAGACAGGUACACAUCGAUAGCUCAGGAGACCUGGCAAGCGGCUAUAUUCAAAGUGGGCGACGAUGUACGACAAGACAUGCUCGCACUGCAAGUUAUAUCCCUAUUCAAGAAUAUCUUCCAACAAGUUGGGCUAAAUCUCUAUUUGUUUCCUUAUAAAGUCGUUGCCACUGCGCCUGGGUGUGGUGUGAUUGAAUGUGUGCCAAAUGCAAGAUCCAGAGAUCAAUUAGGUAGACAGACAGACAUCGGAAUGUAUGAAUACUUUAUUGCUACAUACGGCGAUGAGACUACAAGAGAAUUUCAGGCGGCACGGCGUUGCUUUGUGACUUCAAUGGCGGCGUACAGCGUGAUAGGAUUUCUCUUGCAGAUUAAAGAUCGACACAACGGCAAUAUCAUGUUGGACACCGACGGUCAUAUUAUACACAUUGAUUUCGGCUUCAUGUUUGAGUCUUCACCAGGUGGAAAUCUAGGCUUUGAGCCAGAUAUUAAAUUGACAGAUGAAAUGGUUAUGGUGAUGGGUGGGAAAAUGGAAGCACCUGCCUUCCGAUGGUUCUGUGAGCUUUGUGUACAAGCGUUCCUUGCUGUUAGGCCAUACCAAGAAGCAAUAAUAUCUAUGGUAUCGCUAAUGCUAGAUACAGGGUUACCAUGCUUCAGAGGUCAAACUAUUCGCCAACUACGAUCACGCUUUGCGCCAAAUUCAACAGAGAAAGAGGCGGCCGCAUACAUGCAAGCAGUUAUAAGAAACUCCUUCCUUAAUUUCAGAACGAGAACAUACGAUAUGAUUCAGUAUUACCAAAACCAAAUUCCUUAUUAAAUUCAUAUGGGUUUCUACAUUACUUUAUGGUACUAGUACUUAUAAAAGGCCACGAAAGAAAUACCUCUAAAUGAAAUAAAUAUAAACCGUUCUUAAAUAGUGUUUAUAAGAAUAUUUGAUUUGAAGAAAUCAGAAAAGUCCUAUUAUCUGUGAACUAGUUUUAUGUUAGUCUGUGCGGCUAGACAAUGACGUGAGAUUUAAAAUAAAAAAUAUGUAAUAUAAAUACGAAAUGUUAAAUUUGACCCUUAUACAACUGUUUGAAUUUGGGUACCAUGUUAAAAUUGUUUUUAAGCAGAAUAACAAAAAAGUUAAUUUGGCUAUGGCGAUUGGUCAGCUCCACGCCUCUAACGAUUACUUUACAGUUAAAAGGAUUUAUGGAAAUAAUAGGUUUUGGUAUCACUUAGGUAAGCUUUGACUGUUCUACCAUGUACCUAUAUACCUACUCUAGCCAUAAGUUAUGUUAUUUUGGCAAAGAGAUUUUUUUCCAUUCCACCAUGAUUAUUUUCAAAUUUCGUGUUUUGUUUUUUUGUAAAUGGUUAGGUUAGGUUAAAUGAACUGUCUAGAGAUUCAAUGAACUCUCUGACUACUUUUCAACGACAUUAACAUGCAGUUGGUUCAAACAUUUGGAGUAUCUUGAAUUUGCCCAACUCGAGAAAGGCAAUCACAGCAAUUCUGUUUACGUUACAACUCAGUUUAUAACCAUGUAAAGUAAGGUAAAGUCGAAAAAAACUUAUUAAAGUUCGAGAAAAAGUUAAAUAGUUACAGUAUUUAUGGCUAGACUAGUUAUAUUCAUAUUAAUAUAAAUUCUUCAAUACUGUAUUGCUUUAUCGACAAUCUUUGACAGAUGUAGUAUUGAUGUCAUACCAAAAUCGUUUGCAAAUUUCUGUAAAAUUAAAAUAACUGAUUUCAACUGAAAGAUCUCUUAUAAUAAAUACAAAACCUAUUUUCAAUAACUUUCUGAUUAAGUGUUCAGUUACACAGUUACAUAAUUUUGACAUCGGCAAAGUAGGACUUUUUUAUCAUUCCAAUAUUACAACAAAAAAGUAUUAUAGUUUAUUUUUAUUGACUUAAAAUCAGAGGGACUUAAAAUCAUAAAGGGCUUCAAUUUAAUUAUUUUUAAGUUUAGGGCAUAUAUUCUGGGUGUAGUCUAGUUUUAAAUCUUUAAUCAUGUGGAACUAUCGCCUCGCUAUUUAAUUUUUUUUAUUUUAUCUAUAUUUGAUUCAUUAUAUUCAAGAUGAUUGUAAUGUUUACGAAAUCGUACGUACUUACGCAAAUCUUAGGAAACUAAGUUGGAUUCAUCAUAGAUAAUAAAUGAUAAAUAUAAAAAAAUCUUAUCAGUAUCUAUUCUAAGUAUUCAGGACUCCAGCGGAUUGACAAUACCCUGAUCUUUUUAUGUUAAAGAUAAAAAACUUUCUUUUUUUAUCUAAUGCCUUUACAAAAAAUAUAUGUAUAGUUAUUUUAUUCAGUGAUUGGCAUCGAAGAUAACAUACGGUUAUUAUAUAAUUUAAGAUGUGAAAUGUAUGCUUAUAGGUUUGAUUGCUAAACUUUUGUGUCGAUUUUCACAAAAUUUAAGGAUUUCCAGAAAAAGAUAAUUUUAUAAGGAAGGCUAAGGGCGCCAUUUAUUUGUAGAUACAUUAUUUAUAGUUCCAAUUGUUGAUCAUGUUGAUAUUCUAUUAAAUUAUAAGAAUUACUAAUUAGUAAAUGUAAUAUUGAUUCCUAAGUCGUUUAUCUUGUCUUUUAGAUUUUAUUGUGGGCAGCCCUGUUACCUUUCUUAAUUUGUUGUUUCGUGAUUGAAUCGUGUUUAUUGUUACCAUAUAACUGUUUAAGUGAUUUAUUGUCAUUGGUAUAAAUAAAUGUGUAACAGGGUUGCCGCUGUGUAUACCAAUAUUAAUGUUUCGGACAUUCCUCAUAUAAAUGUUUAGUAAAUUGUUGUUGGUAUUAAAUUAUAUAUGGUAAAGGACA